AUGGCGGCGACGCUGAGGCGGGUACUGAGCGCGGGCGGCGCGGCCGGGCCGGGGGAGGAGAAGGCGGGCGAGGCCGGGCUGCCUUUGCUGCUCCUUGGCGGCCCAGGCUCCGGGAAGACCGCGCUGCUGUUCGCGGCGGCCCUGGAGGCGGCGGGGGAGGGCCGGGGCCCGGUCCUCUUCCUGGCCCGGAGGCCGCUGCAGAGCCUGCCGGGUGGGACACGAGCCGCGCGUGACCCUCUGCGUCUCCAGAAGAUCCGCUUCCAGUACCCGGCUUCAACCCGGGAGCUUUUUCGGCUUCUCUGCUCUGCCCAUGAGGCCCGGGCACCAACCCCCUCCCUCCUCCUACUAGACGGCGUGGAAGAGUACCUGGCCGAAGAUCUGCGGCCCCACAAAGCCGCCCACUUGGCCGCCCUGCUUCUGGACACGGCUGCCCAUUUCAGCCACCGGGCUGGGCCUGGCGGGGGCUGUGGGGUUGUGGCGGCCUUCCAGACCCAGGAGGAGGCAGACAGUGGGGACACCCUGCAGUUAGCACUGCUCCAGCGGUAUUUCCCGGCCCGAUGCUGGCUGCAGCCAGCUGCACCAGGCCCCGGACAGCGCUGUCUCCAAGCCAGCCUGGAGCCGGGCGGGCUGGGCCCCAGGACAGAGUGGUGGGUGGCUUUCGGACUAGAUGGAGAGAUGACAAUCACCCCAUGGUCCACCGAGGCUGGUGACCCCAGCCUAGACAAGGGCUCGGGCUCUGGAGGCCAGCCCUGAGCUUCAAGAUGUGACCCCCCCCUUUCGGUGCCUCAGUUUCUCUUGAAUAAAAUGGGGGUUGGAGUACUUACCUCAAGGACAUGUUGUACAGACUCAAAGACCUCAAGGGCUUCUGCUCUUGUAAAAAUAGCAUCAUGUCCAAAUUAUGCUGAGUCAACAUAUGGUUUGGUUUUGCUUGUUUAGUUUUUGCCUACUUUGAACUUUAUAAAGGAAUUUGUACAAAA